AUGUCUGGCUUUAACCUCGAUUAUGCCGUCUCGGCCUCCCCGUCCAUGUAUACCUCUGGUCAUAGCAAUAUCACCAACACCCAAGAUGACCAAGAAGAGGAUUUGUUCGGAGAUUCAACAGGGGAACUUGACCCCGAGAUAUUACAAGAAAUUCUCGGUGAAGACGAGCAAGACGAGGAAGACGAGGAUCUAUUCGGAGAUUCAACAGGGGAACUUGACCCCAAGAUAUUACAAGAGAUCCUCGGCGAAGACGACGAACAAGAGGCCGAGGCCCCGGCUCCCGCCCCGGCCCCAGCACCCAAACCCUUUUUCCUCCUGCCGCGGAGGCCCCAGACGCCAAAACCCCUCGUCCCUGUUGGCGGAAGCAAGUCAUCGCCCAUCGCCGCUCAAGACAAGAACGAGGGAACCAAAGCCUCAGUCCUGGCCCCUGCCCCUGCCCCUGCCCCUGCCCCUGCUCCGGCGCCGGCUGAACAGCCGCGUCUUCCUCUACCGAGGAACCCACAAACGCCCAGACCUUCUGGCGUUGUGGGAACGGGCCAAGAAACAGUAAUAAUCAUCGACGAUGAUGAUACGUCCUCUCCCCCUCCCAGCUGGGACGGCUUUUCCUCUCCUACCUCUCACCGAACCGAGGUCAUCACGAUUCCGGAGGACGGCCCACCCUCGGCCGAGGAGGAGGAGAGGCGCCGCAAGGCAAAGGAAGAGGCGUUGAAGAAGUGGGAAAUCUUCAAGAUCCCCAAGAACGGCACGGAGAGGCUGUUCUACGACCCCCCGAACCCCCACGUGGGUGGCCGGAGGGACACCUCCACCCCGUCCAACUUCGUCCCGGACUACGAGAGGGCCAACGCCAGAAAGGCACAGACGGCCCAGAGGAACGCCGAGAAGAAGCGGCUCGCGGCGGAAGCCAAGGCGAGGGUAAAGGCCGAAAGCGAGGCCGCCAAGCAGGCCGAAGAGGAAGCCGCGGCAGUACGCAAGGAGGAAGAGAAGGCGCGCAAGGAGGAAGAGAAGAAGGAGAAGGCGAGGGUGAAGGAGGAACAGAAGCAGGCCGACAGAAAGCGCAAAGCUGAAGAGCGGCUAGAAAAGGAGUCAAAAAAGCACCAGGAGCAUCUUGAAUGGGCCCUUGAGUGCCCGGAAGGCUUCGAUGCGUGGGUCAAGACGGAUGAAGGGAACGAGGCGGGGAAGAAGGGAGCUUUGAUGGGAUAUGUCAUGACGGGUCGGACGAAUCCUGCUUAUAGUGCCUUGCAACCCAAAUUUAUUGACGACUUCCUGGGUAGGUCGGAGGACAAGGAUAUGCCGGACUGA